ACCGCCGCGGAGACGGAGGCCAGCUCUCUGCCGACAGGUCCUCUCCUUUGCCCCCUUCCCCGUUGGACAUCCCACUUUGCUUGGAAAAAUGGCUGGGCAUCUCUUUGAGGAUAUCUUCAUUAUGACCAGGAUCGAUCCUGAUGGGAAUAAGUUAGACAGAGUUAAUCGCAGCGAGGCUAGAUGCGAGUAGUUCGAUAUGUAGAUGGAAUUAGAUGUCGCUACCGAUGUCAACCUGAUCCAUUAUGUGUUACGAUUAAUUGUUGUUAUUUUCAGAUGGACGAAGCUCACAUUGUAUUCAUUUCUUUCCUUCUUUCAGGCUGGUAGGAAAACCCUUGCUGACAAGUAUGACUAUGUCAUGCAUGGAAAGCUUUACAAGAUUUCAGAGGACAGUUCCAGUGGUCAAGCUACUAAAGUGGAGAUUUAUGCGUCUUUUGGUGGCCUCCUGGUGUUCCUCAAAGGCGAUCCUUGGAGUGCCGCCAACCUCGAACUGGAUCAAAGGCCGUUCCUCCUCAUACGAAAGGUGCAAAUGACCAGUGCUUCUUCUCCUUUUGUCGGGGCAAAAAUUUACCUCUUGCGUGGCAAGUCACCAACGCUUCUAGUUCAUCAAGGCUAUACCGAGCCUCCCUUCAAUGCCAAUUAUCCUCCCCUGGAAUGUACUCUACUCUUCUGGUGGUAA